CUGGUUUCCUGUGGCAUGGGGAGGGCUUUAUGCAGACUCCCUCCUGUCUCCCCUGAUUUGCGUGUGGGGAGUGGUGGUGUUGAAGUAGAAACGAAGGGAGGAAAAUGGGAUUAUAUUAACAUAAGUCAUUUUGGGAGUUCUGAGACACACCUGUUAUCAAAGCUUCUUGUUCCUCUCCCAGCCCUGGCUUCUCUGGACUCUGUGCUUCUCUGGUAGAGGAAGCCCAAGGAAGACUGACACGGUCUUGCAAUUCUAAAACCAUGGCCCAUGUGUCAUUGGCGUUCAGGGACGUGACCAUCGACUUCUCUCAGGAGGAGUGGGAAUGCCUGGACCCUGCUCAGAGGAGCUUGUACAGGGAUGUGACGUUGGAGAACUACAGCAACUUGGUCUCCUUGGGAUGUUCUUUUCCUAAGCCAGAUGUGAUUACCUUACUGGAGCAAGAGAAAGAGCCCUGGAUGGUAGUGAAGGAAGGGACAAGAAGUUGGUACACAGAUUUGGAGUCCAAGUGUGUCACCAAGAAGUUAUUUCCAGAACAGGAUAUUUAUGAAAUACAUUUAUCUCAAUGGCAGACAGUGGAAGAAAGUAAAACAUACAUUGAUGAGGACACCAUUUUCAGAAAUGGUUUGCAAUGCAAACAUGAAUUUGAGACACAAGAAGGACAUCAAAUGGGAUGCAUUAGUCAAAUGAUAAUCAGAAAACAUAUAUCUCUUCCUCUACAUCAAAAAAUUCAUAUUGGAGAGAAAUUAUAUGAAUGUAAGGAAUGUAGAAAGGCCUUUAGACAACAGUCAUACCUUAUUCAACAUCUGAGAAUUCAUACUGGUGAGCGACCCUAUAAAUGUAAGGAAUGUGGGAAAGCCUUUUGUCGUGUGGGAGACCUUAGAGUACAUCAGACAAUUCAUGCUGGGGAGAGACCUUAUGAAUGUAAGGAAUGUGGGAAGGCCUUUAGACUUCAUUAUCACCUUACUGAACAUCAGAGAAUACAUUCUGGUGUGAAACCCUAUGAGUGUAAGGAAUGUGGGAAGGCCUUUAGUCGUGUUAGAGACCUUAGAGUACAUCAGACAAUUCAUGUGGGGGAGAGACCCUAUGAAUGUAAAGAAUGUGGGAAGGCUUUUAGACUUCAUUAUCAACUUACUGAACAUCAGAGAAUUCAUACUGGUGAGAGGCCUUAUGAAUGUAAGGUUUGUGAAAAGACCUUUAGAGUGCAACGACAUCUUAGUCAGCAUCAGAAAAUUCAUACUGGUGUAAAACCCUAUAAAUGUAAUGAAUGUGGAAAGGCCUUUAGUCAUGGCUCAUACCUUGUUCAACAUCAGAAAAUUCAUACUGGUGAGAAACCCUAUGAAUGUGAAGAAUGCAGUAAGUUCUUUAGUUUUCAUGCAGAACUUACUCGACAUCAUAGAAUUCAUACUGGUGAGAAACCCUAUGAAUGUAAAGAAUGUGGAAAAGCCUUUCGUCUUCAAACAGAACUUACUCGGCAUCACAGAAUUCAUACUGGUGAGAAACCAUAUGAAUGUAAGGAAUGUAGGAAAGCCUUUAUUUGUGGCUAUCAACUUACUUUACAUCUGCGAACUCACACUGGUGAGAUUCCCUAUGAAUGUAAGGAAUGUGGGAAGACCUUUAGUAGUCGCUAUCAUCUUACUCAACAUUACAGAAUUCAUACUGGUGAGAAACCCUAUGGAUGUAAACAAUGUGGAAAAGCUUUUCGUCUUCAAGCAGAACUUACUCGGCAUCACAGAAUUCAUACUUGCGAGAAACCCUAUGAAUGUAAGGAAUGUGGGAAGGCCUUUAUUCAUAGCAGUCAACUUAUUUCACACCAGCGAACUCACACCAAUGAGAAUGCCUUUGAGUGUAUGGAAUGUGGGAAGGUUUUUAGUCGUCACUAUAAUCUUACUCAGCAUUACAAAAUUCAUACUGGUGAGAAACCCUAUGAAUGUAAAGAAUGUGGGAAGGCCUUUCGCUUUCAAACAGAAUUUACUCAGCAUCGUAGAAUUCAUACUGGUGAAAAACCCUAUAAAUGUAAAGAAUGUGGGAAAGCCUUUAUUCGUAGCAAUCAUCUUACUCAGCAUCACAGAAUUCAUACUGGUGAGAAACCUUAUGAAUGUAAGGAAUGUGGGAAGACCUUUAGUCGUCACUAUCAUCUUACUCAACAUCACAGACUUCAUACUGGUGAGAAACCCUAUAUAUGUAAAGAAUGCGGGAAUGCUUUUAUUUGUAGUUAUCAACUUACCUUACAUCAGAGGAUUCAUACUGGUGAGAUUCCAUAUGAAUGUACAGAAUGUGGAAAGACCUUUAGUCGUCGGUAUCAUCUUACUCAACAUUUUAGACUUCAUACUGGUGAGAAACCCUAUAUAUGUAAAGAAUGUGGGACUACCUUUCGUCUUCAAGCAGAACUUACUCGACAUCACACAGUUCAUACUGGUGAGAAACCUUAUAAAUGUAAAGAAUGUGGGAAGGCCUUUAGUGUUAAUUCAGAACUUACUCGACAUCACAGAAUUCAUACUGGUGAAAAGCCCUAUAAAUGUAAAGAAUGUGGGAAAGCCUUUAUUCGUAGUGAUCAGCUUACUUUACAUCAGAGAAAUCAUAUUAGUGAGGAAACCCUUUGAAUACAAAGAGUAUAUGAUAGCCUUCAGUAAAUAUUCAUUUUUACAAGAGCAGUGAAUUCAUAAUUUAAUAUAAGAAAGUUUACUUGUUAGGGAACAUGAGAAAAUUUAUACUAGAAUAUGUGGGAAUCCUUUUUGCUUCAUGCUCACAACAGAAAUGGUUUUAUACUAUGUCUGCUAAUUUAAAGAGUUGAAAACCUAUAACAUCACCCAGUAAUGGUUAAACUUUGGCAGAUUGAUACUGGUGCAGUGCAUCCCAAACCAUCCAAGGUGAAGGACCCCCCCCCAUCUGUUGUUGACUGAUACUUUUGUAAAAUACAAUAAAAAAUGAGUUACCACGAAAAUGAAAUGGAAAGAAAAACCAACAUACAAAAUAAAGGGCAUUUUUUUUAUUAUUAGAUUUAAUGGGCAUAAAUUAACUCUCAAGUUGCUGUAAAGGUUUCUAAAUGCUUAUUCUUGGUGUCGGUAGUGAACUCAUUACAGACCAGAAGUAAACAAUUUGCAGACCAGUGUCAGUCCAUGGACCACACUUUGUAUAGCACUGUAAUAGAAAAUGGAGCCCUGAUGGCACAGUGGUUCAGAGCUACGAUGAGUUCUGGCUGCUAACUAAAAAGAUUCGCAGUUUGAAUCCACCAGCCACUCCUUUGAAACCCUACAGGGCAGUUCUGUCUCCUGAAGGGUCACUAUGACUCAGAAUCGACUCAACAGCAAUGGGUUUAUUUUCUGGUAACAGAAAAUAACUCUGUCAGUGUUAUGAAUGUGGGAAAGACUUUAGCCAUGGUACAUCCUUUACUAUAAUUCUUAUAAUUAUACCAAAUACCUCAACCUGUGUGGUAUUUGCCAAAAUACUUCUCCCCCUGUGCCUCAGUUUUAAAAUGUUGAUAAUAGUAUUUACAUGAGGAUGAAAUGUUACAAGAUAAAAACUUUAGAAGAGUAUUUGGCACACAACACGUACUCAGUAAAUAUUAUUCUUGGUUUUUAGCCCUAGCGAUACUAUUAGUAAGUUUGUGUGUGAGGAAGACCCUGUAUGUAUAAGGAAUUCAUAAAAACCUUCCAUUGCCAUUCACUCAUCAUUUAAAAUUUGGUUGUUACUAAAAUAUAGUAAACUUCCAUUUCUAAAAUUAGGGCUCAUCUCUGAAAAUCAAAAUGAGAAAGCUAUGGAUUUAAUGAGUGUGAACAUUAUGAGUAAAGCUUUUGAAGAACAAGAGCGGUGAAGCUUUUUCUUUUCAUAAUUAAAAAGUGGAUAUUACAGUCUGCUUUUUCUGCCCACAAUUCAUGAUAAAUUAGAAACUAACAAGCAACCAAAAGACCAGUGUCCAUUUGGAAAAGUUAAAAGAAUAGUACAGUGAAUACUGGCAUGCGCUCUCAAGAUUCAGUGGUUGUUAAUGUUUCAUAUUUGGUUCUGUAUAAUAUUUACAUAUUCUUUGCUGUGGAAUAAAUUAUAGACAUCAUUACAUUCCCCCCUCUCUGUAUAUAAACAUGCAUGUCCUAAGAAUAAAGGCCAUCUUCUACUUAAUUGCUAUGUAACUCAGCACGUAAAGAGAUUAACUAUAGUUCCAUAAUCUGUAAUACUCAGUCCUUACUUGUAUUUCCUCAGUUAUGUGAUGAAUGCUUUUCAUAGAUAACUAAAAAUUCAAAAACCAAAAUAAAUCUGUAGAUUCCAUUUGCUUAUACACUGUUAGUCAUUUUUAAUAACAGCCCCCAACUUUAUUGUGAUAUUGAUUUUUUGAAGAGUUCAGGACAGUUGUAGAAUGUCAUGUUCUGAAUUUUUAUCAUGAACCAGUUAGGCUCAAAUUAAAUAUUUUGGCAAGAAUACUUAAUAAGUGAUACUUGGUAUUUCAUUUUAUUUAUUUUGUAUUUAUGUUAUCCUACAUUUGAUCACUUGGUGUAGCAGAAUAUAUUUUUGAAAGAUGGCCACACCAAUAUAUCCCAUUCAACACUGUUUAUUUUAUAAUGUGAUGUUGACAGUCCCCCAUCAAGAAGUGGGGUCCACGGUCCUUCCUUUCGAAUCUGGGCAGGGAGGCAGGCCUGGGAUUAUGGCAGAAAGAAUUAUGGGACUUCCAAAACACUAUGUGACUUCCAAGACUAAGUCACAAAAGAGAAUACAGCUUCCACCUAGCCCCCUUGGAAAUCUUACCCUUGAAGCCCAGCCACCAUGCUGUGAAGGAACCAAGUAGCUACAUGGAAAUAUCAACUAAAGGUGUCCUGUCUACAUAGUCCUAGCUGUCUCAAGUAACAUCAACCUCCAGACGUAAGUAUAUGAGCUUCCAGAUGAUUCUAGCCUCCAGCUUUCAAGCCAUUCCAGCUGGUGCCAAGUGAAGCGUAGACAAACUUUCCACCUUGAGCUUGCCGAAAUUGUGGAUUCAUGUGUAAAAUAAAUAUUGUCAUUAUUUUAAGCCACUAAGUUUUGGGGUGGUUUGUUAUGCAGCAGUAGAUAACUGGAAUACUAGGUUCCUUUGUUGUAGAGCUAAGUAUUUCUUUCCAUUUAAUAAGUAAUUUAUAGGGUGACUCUGGCAACUUGGAAAUUCAAAAUCAGCAAUAAUAUAACUAUACUAAAGAGAAAAUUAAAACAUAAGGGAGAGUUUAGAAAUGAGUGAUGAUGAGAUGUGGCCAAACCUUUACUCACUGACAAAUUGAUACCUGUUAAUGUAUUCAGAAAACAAAUACUAAGGGCCAGCACUUUCUCCCUCCUGCUCACAGCUUUAUCCCAAGCAGUUACUACAGUCUCUCCAACAUAGUAAGCACUUGAUAAAACUGUUAAAAGAAUGA